UGCAGGCGCCAUUGCCAUCUUUCCCCUAGCCGAGGGAGGGGUUACAGGUCAGGGUUCCCGGACCGCCGGGCGGGGUCGGGCCGAGGUCUCCAGUUCGGAGCCAUGACCAUGCAGUUCAUCAGCCAUCGAUUCCCCGAGGACCACGAUCCCACCAUCGAAGAUGCAUAUAAAAUCCGAAUUCGUAUCGAUGAUGAACCUGCGAAUCUGGAUAUAUUGGAUACAGCUGGACAGGCAGAGUUCACGGCCAUGAGGGACCAAUACAUGAGGGCAGGUGAAGGAUUUAUCAUUUGUUACUCCAUUACGGACCGUCGAAGUUUCCACGAAGUUCGAGAAUUUAAGCAACUGAUCUACAGAGUUCGACGGACAGAUGAUACACCCGUGGUGCUAGUGGGAAACAAGUCUGAUCUGAGACAGCUGCGCCAAGUCACCAAAGAAGAAGGCAUAGCUUUGGCCCGUGAAUUCAGUUGUCCCUUUUUUGAAACUUCAGCUGCCUAUCGGUACUACAUCGAUGACGUGUUUCAUGCCCUGGUGAGGGAGAUCCGUAGGAAGGAAAAGGAGGCAGUGCUGGCCAUGGAGAAGAAAUCUAAACCCAAAAGCAGUGUGUGGAAAAGACUGAAGUCACCUUUCCGAAAGAAAAAAGAUUCAGUAACUUGAAGGGACAAAUUAAAAUCUUUGUACCUGUGAACUGCAGCACAUAAGCAGAGCAGUCCAGUGACCUGCAGAACUUGCUCUUCCUUGUUUGGACCAUUGUUUUUUUAAAUAAGGCAGAGAUGAAGGGACGUGCCUACUGGGGUUUUCCAAAGAGGUGGUAUUUGGAGUAAUGUCUCCUAGUUUUCCGGCUUAUGAGCCCAGUAGGAAAGUGCCUCCAUUUUUGUUUUAAAUUGUCACUUUUGAGUUUAACCCAUAAGUACUCUGAACUCAGUUGUUGGUGUUAAUAUGUCAGCACAAAAUGUUUACACCCAGCGUAGGGUGUAUCCCUCAUGGGAACUGCACCAGGCUCCCAAGAGAGUAAUUUUUCUGCUGUGCAAUCUGUAUUGUCUUUCAACUUUCAGUUUCCUGGGGUUGCCCCAAAGGAGGGACCUUUGUCUUUUCCUGUUCAUACUCUGCUUUCUAAAAGCAGAGCAGAAAGUCAGCCCAGCCAGGAAGCCUGUUCAAGUCAGUGCUAAAGAUCGUCAGAUAGGUGGUGAGCUGACUCAUGUCGCCAUGUGUGAGAUGAAAGACUGCAGGUGGUGAGGACAUGAAGUGUAUGUGCAGGGGCUUGGCUAGAAUAGAUAGGUGAGCAAACCCCGAGAUCCUCGCAGCAUACUAACUCAGGCCUCGGUUUCCUAAUCCACGCCCAAAUUGCCAUGUCUGCUGGCAUAGGUGAAUACAAACAAAACAAACAUAGUGAGGUUUCUCCUGUGGUUCUGAUUUGCUUGGCUUACACAGCUUUGCAUUUCUUCAGCCUCGCUGAGGUGAAUACUAUAGAAGCCAUCAGAGGAUUGCCAAACUCUUCAUUAUAUAAAUCCUAAUCCAGUUUACCAUCAUCUUGGUUAAAAAAAUUUUUAAGAGGCAUAUAGACCAGUACAUUUACUUGCCGUGCUUGUAAUUCUCUCUUUUUUUUUUUUUAAAUCCCUCAUUGUUCUCUAAAAAGACAGUAAUGCACUGCCAUGGGGAGGAGCAGGACCUGGAGAAAUGAUCUUUUAGGCUCCUCUUCCCACUGUUGAGAUCAGGUAAAGUUGUAUGUGUGCCUUCUGGACAUCCAGAGCCACUAGACUUGGUGCUUAAAUAAAAUAACUAACAUUUAGAUUUUACCCAGUUGCAGCUCUCAUUAAAGGGGCCAUAUCUUUAAAGUUUUAAGUUCCUACGAGUUCAGUUGAUCCUUGAAUUUCCUCAUGAGAACUGCCUCACGCAUAUUGAAAUGCCAUCAGUGAUGUUGAGUUCUCUUGUCUUGUCAGUAUCAUUUUGAUAAGAGAGCUUGGAAUGUAUAGAGAUGGGAUUCAGAAGUGCUCAAAGUAAUUCGUAUUUAUAGGAAAAAAAGUUUUGACAUCGUGUCCACCUUUCUCUGCUUUGACCUUUUAAGAAGAUGACCUUAUAUUUAUAUAGCACCUUAAAAAGAAAUAAAAUUCCUUGUUCCACCCUUCCUCAGAUACAAGAGAGGAUAGGGUGGGCAAAUUUGUUUUCCCCUUAUGGGUUUGAAGAAAAGAUUUUUUUAAUCUGGAUAUUGCUGCUAGAUAAACCAUGUGCUACAAUAUUCAAGACAAGUAAGAAAGCAUGACCCAAAAUUAACAUUCAAAGAAAAAUGACUUUCAGGGUCCUUUAUGGUUUUGGGAUCAGAGGGUAGAUAGAACAGUACAAUAGAGCCGCAUUGCACCUUAUUUUAAAUGUCUUAAGACACAAAUUUUGUUAGAGACAUGAAGCAUUAUAUUAAUUAUGAAGUCAUUUAUGUCAUCCCAGAAAUUAGUAACUACAAUAGUGAAAAAUGCUGUUCCGUGUUCAUCCCCUUCAACCGCCCCCCCAAAAGAUCUGUAAGGCAGAGGGGAAUUCUGUGCCAUGUAAUAGGAAAAGGAAAUAGCUGGCUUUUGAUUUUAAGAUUAUCACUUCUAUUUUUUUUUUCAAUUUCUGUGGUCAAUUGGCACAUGCUUUUUAAGCUCCUACUAUGUGCAAGACACUGUGCCAGGUGCUGUGAGGGCUACAAAGCCAGAUAAGGCACUGUCCCACCUUUCCUCCAAAAGAUUACUGUCAAGUGUUUAAAUUGACAAUCCACAAAUUAGCUAGGUUAACUAAUCCUUUCUUUAUCUUUAACUUUCAGGCCUUUUUAGCCUAUUACUUUUGGAAGUUGAAAGGCAGAACAACCAGGCCAAAUCAUUAAAUUGCUGCACCUAGUAGGAUUUGCUUUCAGGAAAUGGGAAGGGGGCAUGUUUCAAUUUUGAAACAACUAGUUAAGUCAACAGCAAGUCCUUGUCUGUGAUAAUCAGGAAAAGAAAGACAAUGCUUUUCACUUACUCACAUAUAUGAAAUUAUUAAUUGUACUUGACAAAAUACAGAACUUUUUAAAAAACA